AGGAAAACAAGCUGGAUUUGGGUUGUGUAGAGACUGACUGAUCACACUGCAAAUUACCACAGAGUGACCAUUCUCUGUGAGAGGCAUCUCCUUUUGGCAUUGCUUUAAUUGACCUCCAAGAGUCAUCACUUGGAUGGAGACACUUCCACGGUGGGGCACGCUUGGGAUCUGCAAAGUCCCAGGAAUAAACAUCAGAAACGUGCCCAGAGUGCUCGGUGAGGGAAAAUGCACUUUGAAGAUAUAAAAAAUUUAGCAGUUAAUCUUUUUCCUGGAGCCAGCGCUUGCUACAUCACAUCCAUUCCCGGUGCUGUCAAUCAUUAUCCAGCCAGCAUAUUGUUCAGAAGGUGGAGCUGUCAGGCAGAAGGAAUGAAAGGAAGUGACACCGGGAUUGGACAUGCACUGGCUAAAUACCUGGACAGCUUAGGCUUUGUUGUGUUUGCUGGGGUUUUGGAUAAGGACGGACCUGGAGCUGAGGAACUGCAGCGGAGCUGCUCUGGGAGGCUCUCUCUCCUGCAGCUGGAUAUAACCAAUGCCACUCAAGUCAAGGAAGCCUAUCUGAAAGUCUCAGAGAAGGUGCAAAGUGCAGGCCUCUGGGGUGUUGUGAACAACGCAGGCAUCCUGGGCUUCCCUGCUGAUGGUGAGCUGCUCCCCAUGAGCAACUACAGGCAGUGCAUGGAGGUGAAUUUCUUUGGGGCUGUGGAGGUGUCCAAGACCUUCUUACCGUUACUUCGGAAGUCGCAGGGGAGGCUGGUGAACAUGUCCAGCAUGGCAGGAGGCAUUCCACUGCCGAGGUAUGCUGCGUACGGUGCAUCAAAAGCAGCUCUGUCCAUGUUUUCUGGAGUAAUGAGGCAAGAGCUUUCCAAAUGGGGAAUUAAAGUUGCUGCAAUUCAUCCAUCAGGCUUCAGAACAGGUAUACAAGGCACAGCCGACCUGUGGGAUAAGCAGGAAAAGGAGCUGAUGGAGAACCUCCCAGCAGACACAAGGCAGGCCUAUGGUGAGGACUAUCUCCUGGGGCUGAGGAGCUACCUCCUCCACAUGCCCACCUGCUGUGACCCCGACCUGUCCCCUGUGCUGGGCGAUGUCCUGCACGCUCUGCUGGCCAGGAGACCCCACGGGCUCUACACCCCUGGCAAGGGGGCCUACGUGCUCCUCUGCUUCUUCUGCUGCUUCCCUCUCUGGUGCUAUGACUUCUUCAUUAGCAAGAUGCUGAGUGCUGAGGCUGUUCCAAGGGAGCAGGGAACAUCAGAAGAUGAGAGCAAAAACCUCUAAGGUGUCCGUCAGCACUUGUCUCGCUUGAUGAGAUAGCUGGGGAAAACUCUUUAUAUAAAGGACACUGCUAUUUAUUGUACUGUCUUCGUUAAGUUGAAUUUACACUGCCUUGCAAAGAGGUGAAUCUUUGUGUUAAGAGUGAUGUGGAAAAGCAGUGGAUAAACAGAAAUGGAAAGCUAUUCCCAAAUGGGGUAUUUUUUGAGGAAUUUCAGUGUUUUCCUGAUGUCUUUAUAGCCUGCCUUCUGUGUAAGGUAUCUCACGAAAUUAUAUGGUUCCUGUCUGCUUCACAAGGCAUCACCAGCACACAGACAGAGGCAUAGCCUGCUUUUGAAAACAAAACAUCCAUGAGAGCCAGUAACCUUCUUAAACCUUAUAAGGAGCUACAUAUAUUCCUAUCACUGGAGGGAUUGAGAAAUGUCUAAUGGAAAUUUUUCCCACUGCAGCCUAAUAUGUUUGAGGUUUGGGUUUUGGUUCUGUUGAACUUGUGAAAUGAUUGUAUUUACUCCCCCUGCCCAAGGUUUUUGAUUUAUAGUUGUGAAGUUUAGAAUGUGUUCUCUUUGCUAGACCAGGCAACAUAAAUUAGUUGGGGUGGGGGAUGAAUGAAGACAUAUCAAGACCUUUAUGAAGAAAUAAACAAUUUCCUUCCUACAGUAACAGUGAGUGCCAUAAUAAGUGUAACAGCUGCUGAUUUGAUGUGACUGUCUGGAUCUUUCUGUGCACUACCUGUAUGUACCUGUGCAUUUCUGAUUAUGAGCAAAGUCUCACCUCACCUCUGCUUUUUGUGCUAUUCCUCUCUCAGUUUUGGGUUUACAAGAGUCGUGUUUUUGCCCAUUUCUCCUGAUGCCUUCUUGUCUCCCUCUGCUUUGGGAGGAGUUUGUGCUCACUCAGUCUCCAUGAUGGCUUUACUGGAGUCCAGUGUCCAUCUUCUGAUAGACUGUGGUUGCUCCCCUUCCCUAAAUUCAUUUUGGGUGAUGCAUUUUCUUUUCAAAUGCUGAAAAAUUAAAAGUUAUCACAUUCUGGGUUUUAAAUGUAGAAUAACAUUUUUCACUUCCUUUCUGAGCAACUUCUGUCAUAAUCCUUGUGGUGUGAUGUCCUCUUGCAGCCAACUGAACAAAAUCACUCUUUAAUUUGCAUCUGUAGUGUUUAUUCAGUCACCUUCAUGGGUCUUAUACAUCAGUGCAAGUCUCCUAUAAAUGCACAGAGGAUGCUCAGAGGGCUUGGGCCACCUUUUUAAUCUGUGUCCCAGUGGGGAAAUCCUCCUGUCCUGUACAUUUUGUCACAAUUACUGCUUUUGCUGCUGAGGUUUAUCACCAGGUGGGUUUAUAUCAGUCCCCUGAUUACAGACUUUUGCUUUCCUCUGGGGAAGUGUGACAAAAAAACCGUUUCAAACUCAGAAAAUCUGGGACUAUUUCUCUCUCUCUGCCAGUCUAUUCCUUUAUCUAUUUCCCUAACUUUUUAUGUGUCAGCAAAAAGGCGUAAUAAAAAAAUAUUAACAUUUAGUAACUGCAUGGCUGUGACCCUUUCUGUCUUGUCUGACUCUUGGUGCUUUUUUGGGGAU